AUGUCGUCCGAAAUUCACCCAGAUUUCCAGCAUAUUGCCGGGGCUGACCUAGACGUGCUGCUGAAGCAGCUCACUCUAGGCGAAAAAGUCGCCCUUUUGACAGGCUCCGACUUCUGGCACACAGUCCCGAUCCCGCGACUGAAUAUCCCUUCGAUUCGACUCUCCGACGGUCCCAAUGGCGUUCGGGGCACGAAAUUCUUCGGCAGCGUGCCGUCGGCCUGUCUUCCGUGCGGCACAGCAAUUGGCGCCACUUUCGACCGAGACCUCGCACUAAAGGUCGGUCAUUUGUUGGCUGAUGAGGCCAAGACCAAAGGCGCGCAUGUUGUCUUAGGUCCGACUAUCAACAUUGCCCGGGGUCCCCUGGGUGGACGAGGAUUUGAAUCCUACUCGGAGGAUCCCGUCCUAUCAGGAAUUUUGGCCGGUCAUUAUUGUACUGGCCUUCAGGAAAAAGGCAUUGUGGCAACUUUGAAACAUUUCGUAUGCAAUGACCUAGAGCAUCAACGCAUGGCCAUCAAUUCAAUUGUUACCGAUCGUGCCAUGAGGGAAAUCUACCUUCUUCCGUUCAUGAUCGCGAUUGCACUAGGGAAACCCGAUGCCAUUAUGACGGCGUAUAAUAAGGUGAAUGGCACACAUGCAGCAGAGAACCCGACGCUUUUGAGAGACAUUCUCCGAGGAGAGUGGGGGUGGGAAGGAUUGCUCAUGAGCGACUGGUUCGGUACCUACAGCACCUCGGAAGCAGUCUUGGCCGGUCUUGACCUUGAGAUGCCCGGUCCAACGCGCUGGCGUGGCGGUGCAUUGUCACAUGCGGUCACAGCCAACAAAGUGGCAAUGGCCGCUCUUAAUGCGCGAGUUCGGGCUGUUCUGGAAUUGGUCCAGAAGGCGAGUCGCUCGGGCGUCCCGCAGAAUGCACCGGAAGGGCAACUGAAUCGGGCAGAAGAUCGACGGCUUCUAAGACAGAUCGCAGCCGAGGCGAUUGUGUUGAUGAAGAACGAAGAUAAUAUCCUCCCCUUAAACAAGACGAAGCGGGUUGCAGUUAUCGGUCCCAAUGCGCAGGUUGCAUCAUACUGUGGAGGCGGCAGCGCAGCCUUGAACCCCUACGAGGCCGUUACCCCGUUUGACGGUCUUUAUAGGUCCGCGGAGGGCGGCGUAGACUUUGCUCAAGGUGUCUAUGGCCACCAGAAUCUGCCCCUCCUCGGGAAACGGAUGCGCGCCAUGGAUGGUCAGACAGGAUUCACACUGAGGGUUUAUAAUGAGCCCCCAACUGUUCCCAACCGUCGUCUUCUCGAAGAGCGAGUUGAGACAGACUCGAACUUGUUCUUCAUCGACUACAACCACCCCGAACUCCAGCAUGUAUGGUAUGCCGAUGCUGAGGGAUAUUUCAGCCCUACGGAGAGUGGCGUCUAUGACUUCGGUCUCUGCGUGCAGGGAACAGGAAACCUGUACAUUGACGGGGAACUCAAGAUCAAUAAUACGGAUGUACAAACCCCUGGAACGAGUUUCUUGGGCACCGGUACCGUGGAAGAGACUGUCGCAAUGCAGCUCGAGGCUGGAAAAUCGUAUCGCAUCCAUAUUCAGUGGGGAUGCGCCCGAACGAGCACUUACAAAGUUGCGGGUGUGGUAGAUUUCGGUCACGGCGGGUUCCGCUUCGGUGCCUGCAAGCAACUUGCCCCCGCAGAUAGAAUCGCGCAGGCUGUUCAGCUCGCAGGAGAAGUUGAUCAAGUCGUUCUGGUUGCUGGAUUGAGCGCUGAAUGGGAGUCGGAGGGAGAAGACCGCUCCAGUAUGGCGCUGCCUCCCCACACGGACGAGUUAAUUUCUCGUGUCCUAGAGGCAAACCCCAACACCGUCGUUGUCAUUCAGAGCGGAACGCCAGUUGAGAUGCCUUGGAUUCAUGAGGCGAAGGCGGUUCUCCAUGCAUGGUAUGGAGGCAACGAAACGGGCAACGGUCUGGCCGAUGUGGUAUUCGGCGAUGUCAACCCGUCCGGCAAGCUUCCUCUCACCUUCCCUCAAAAGCUCAAGCACAACCCCACAUUUUUCAAUUUCCGCUCUGAAGGUGGUCGCGUGCUUUAUGGAGAGGACGUGUACGUCGGAUACCGAUACUAUGAUACGCUGGAGGUUGAGCCAUUGUUCCCUUUCGGCCAUGGCCUCUCCUAUACCACGUUUGAGCUGUCAAACCUGCAACUAAAGAAAGAAUCUGACAAGGAUCUGACUGUGGGAUGCACAUUAGCAAACAAAGGCUGCCGAUCGGGAGCUGAGGUGAUACAGGUCUACGUUGCUCCUGUAACACCUCCCCUGAAGAGACCGCUCAAAGAACUGAAAGCAUUCAGUAAAGUGACCUUAGAGGCUGGAUGUUCCCAAAAAGUGGAAAUCCCGCUGGAUCUUGUACGAGCAACCAGCUACUGGGAUGAGUACACCAACAGCUGGUGUAGCCACGGCGGGACAUACAACAUUAUGGUGGGAACAAGCAGUCGCGGGGCCUUUCUCCAGGAUUCUGUGGAGCUGGGUGAGACCUCCUUCUGGGAAGGACUUUAG